AAGUUACCUUCUUAGUAGACUUAAGUCCUUUAAUAAAAUCUCAAAUAUGCCGGUGAAAAACAGACGGCAGCGUCGUAGACGUCGGCAUAGGCAGAAAGUCGCACACAACAGGCUUGUUGACCGUGAAAACCCUUUAGAAUUAAUGCCAGAGGAGGAUAUUUUCAAAAGAUACCGUUUCCGCCCGGCCACAAUUUUGUCUAUAGUGAAUCUACUUAGACAAUCCCUUGAGAGAGAUACUCUGCGAAGCUGUGCCCUCACCCCCCUUUUGCAAGUGUUGGCCACGCUAAGAUUUCUUGCCACAGGAGGUUUUUAUUCUUUAGUUGCCGAUACAUUUGACAGCCUGUCCCCAUCCACUGUGUGCAGGGCGGUUAAGGAUGUGUGCCAUGGUUUGUGUCAGGUGUCGAGACAAUUUAUAAGGAUGCCGGCAAGAAACGCAGCUGAUGAAGUUAAAAAGCAUUUCUAUUCCAUAGCAGGUUUUCCAAAUGUCCUCGGUUGCGUUGAUGGUACCUUCAUCAAAAUUCAGGCACCUUCAGAGAAUGAGCCAGAUUAUUUGAACAGAAAAGGGUACCAUUCUCUGAAUGUACAGAUGAUCUCCGAUGGUAAAUUCCGGAUUUUGAACUGUGUUGCCAAGUGGCCCGGAAGUGUACAUGACAGCCGGAUUUUCCGAGACAGUCAUAUAAGCAUUCGAUAUUGCUAUUUGCAAUGGCGUGAAGUCACCUUUGAAAAAUGA